UCAUUUGUGUGUAAGUGUGUUCUUUCCCUUAGCUUAGGUGAAGUGAAGUCUAUAUACUAAUUUAGUAAAACCUCUUUCGUGUUUGCUGUUGAGACCACUAAACCCUUGAUUUGAGAUGAACAGACUUGCAUCUUUUUUGCUCAAGAGAAAUACUAGUAAAGCUUUCAAUAAUUCAAUCUUCUUCAACGAUGUCAAGGGAUCAUUAAGUUCUACCGCUUCCACAUCUUCCUCUCAGGAAUGUUUCAGACUUUUCUCAUCCACCAUUGCUUCUCAUGCUUCUAUUACCGCAAAAAAUGCUGCCAUUUCUGGUCUACGAUCUUUGCCCAAGCAGGGAUACUUUAGAUACUCAAUGAGGAAUAUGUCCACAUCAUCUUCAGUUCCUGCUGAAAAAGCAGGAUUGAAACUACUAGUGACAGCCGGGCCACGUGCUCAGAAAAUUGUUGGGAUUUGGCUCUUUGGUUCAGCUGCUUGGGUUUUCAGCAUGGUCAUCCUUGGUGGAGUAACUCGUCUUACUCGUUCUGGUCUCUCUAUGACUGAUUGGAAAUUUUCUGGAAACCUCCCCCCUCUAUCGGAGGAAGAGUGGUCGCUUGAAUUUGAGAAGUACAAGCAAUCUCCUGAGUAUAAGCGCAUAAACAAGGGGAUGACUCUUGAAGAUUUCAAAUUCAUUUAUUGGAUGGAAUAUGCACAUCGCAUGUGGGGAAGGGCACUCGGUGUCAUGUUUGCUUUGCCAUUUUCAUAUUUUUUACGUAAAGGAUUUAUCACCCUACGUCUUGGUGUGAGGCUUUCAGCUUUCUUCGCACUAGGGGCUGGGCAGGGACUCAUUGGCUGGUGGAUGGUUAAAAGUGGUCUUGAGGAACCUGAAUCUGAAUAUGCUGAACCAAGGGUAAGCCCUUACCGGCUCGCAGCUCAUCUUACCUCAGCCUUUGUCAUAUAUUGUGGCCUUCUCUGGACUGCUCUUUCUGUAGUGAUGCCUGAACCGCCAGCUGAGUCAUUGGCAUGGGUUAAUGGUGCUGCAAAAGUUAAGAGACUGGUCAUCCCUGUGAGUCUUCUUGUGGGUAUCACUGCAAUUUCAGGAGCAUUUGUUGCUGGAAAUGAUGCAGGCCGUGCAUUUAAUACCUUUCCUAAGAUGGGUGAUACAUGGAUUCCAGAUGAUGUUUUGAGUAUGAAGCCAAUCAUGCGAAAUUUUUUUGAAAAUACAUCUACCGUGCAGCUUGAUCAUCGUAUACUAGCCACUGUAACCUUAGCAUCGAUAUGUGGUUUAUGGUGGGCUACAAGAAGGAUGGAUAUCCAUCCUGCUGUGAGAUCGUUGAUUGGCAGUACUCUUGGAAUGGCUGGUUUACAGGUUACUCUGGGCAUUUCAACUUUAUUGUCAUAUGUUCCAGUAUCACUGGGCACUGCACAUCAAGCUGGAGCAUUAACACUUUUGAGCCUUAUGAUCUUGCUUACUCAUACUGUUCGUAAGCCUUCUCUCACUCUCUUGAAAACCCUGCCUCCUGUUUUGAGGACAAUGUGAUUGUAUCGUGCUCAAAAUUUUGGCUUUACGAUUUGUGAGUAUUUAAAUGGACUUUCUUUGACAUUCAUUACGAAGAACAACAAAGUUCUCGCAUGAUUUGGAUUUGGUAGAGUUGUAGAAAAUAGCACGAAAUCUUCAAGUUUCUGAUGAUGUAGUGUUCAUUAUUUAAAUUAGAAAUUUAGUACUAGUAAUUUAUACGAAGAAGAAUAUCGAAUAAGUGAGCAAAGAAAAAUCAUAAGGUCGUCUUGUCUAUAUUUGUUGUUCUUGCUUGGUUUCAACUCUCGACUUUCCUCUGAAGAGAUGAUUCAUCAUCCAGAUGCACUCGUAAGCUACAGCAUGAAGGUUAUACGCAUUAAGCACCUACGCCUGACUGUUCCGUUUGUGAGCGGAAUGUGCAAGCUACUGAUUUUCUAAAGGCUAGUGCCUACUACCAUGCAUUUUAUUAUUUUUCUCAAUACUCAUUUGAAGAUUCAAAUAAAUUGUUUUAUGGUAGUUUAUUAUGAAUGGACUUGAGUAAAUGAGUUGGAAAUUUUAUUA